AUGGACCGAAGUUGGAUAAAAUCUAAACGAACAACCGAAGAAUAUGAGAGAGGAGUGGAACAAUUUAUUGAGUUUGCUACGAGGAAUGUAGCAAAUAAUAAUGGAAGAUUUUAUUGUCCAUGUGUGAAUUGCUUGAACGAGCGGAGACUACCCAUUGCAGUAAUACGAGAGCAUGUUUUGUGUGAUGGGUUCCUAAGGAGCUACACCAAGUGGACAUGGCAUGGUGAAUUAGUAGAAGUGCCAAUAGCACAUGUGUCUCAAACUGAAGCAGAAGAAGUGGAUUUGGUUAUGGAAGAUGGUUUGGAGCAAAUGAUUCGUGAUGUUGGAGAUGAUGUCUUUGCACGAUCACAUAUGUAUCAAACUUUGUGUAGUGAUGCAAAAAUGCCUUUGUAUUCAGGGUGCAUUAAGUACACUAAAUUGUCGGCAAUAUUAAAACUAUUUAAUGUGAAGGCAAGAAAUGGGUGGAGUGAUAAGAGUUUCACCGAAUUGCUUGAGAAGGAAUAUGAAAAGUUACAUCACUGUCCACAUUGUGGGUUAUCAAGAUACAAGCAAAAAGAUGGUGACUUCGAAGAUGAUGUGAGGAAGGGUGUUCCAGCAAAGGUGUUGUGGUAUCUUCCCAUAAUUCCAAGGUUUAAAAGAUUAUUUGCUAAUGUCAAAGAUGCAAAACUCAUUAGAUGGCAUGUAGAUGAACGUAAAAGAGAUGGUCAAAUAAGACAUCCAGCUGAUUGUAGUCAAUGGCAGACAAUAAAUUCAAUGUUUCCAUAUUUUGGAAAUGAUCCAAGAAACCUUAGACUUGGACUUGCUACAGAUGGAAUGAACCCGUACGGUAACUUGAGUAGUAGACAUAGCUCAUGGCCUGUCAUGUUAGUGAUCUACAACUUACCGCCUUGGUUGUGCAUGAAACGUAAAUACGUCAUGUUAUCUUUAAUGGUUUCUGGUCCACGACAACCAGGAAACGACAUUGAUGUUUAUUUAAGCCCGCUAGUUGAAGAUUUGAAAAUGUUGUGGGAGGAAGGCGUUGAUGUGUUCGACGGGUACGCAGGCUCCACUUUUAAGUUGCAUGCCAUGUUAUUUUGUACAAUCAAUGACUUUCCAGCAUAUGGUAAUUUGAGUGGGUAUAGCACAAAGGGUCAUAAAGCAUGCCCUAUAUGUGAAGAAGGCACAUGUCACCAUCAACUUAAGCAUGGAAAGAAAACGGUUUACAUUGGACAUCGAAGAUUUCUUAGUGCAAACCAUCCUUUUCGUAAAUUAAAAAAAGCAUUUAAUGGAUGUCAAGAAAAUGAAAUAGCUCCAACGCCUUUAAGUGGAUUAGAAGUAUAUGAACGUGUAAAGGACAUAAAUGUUGUGCUUGGCAAGACAAAAAAGCAAGCCACAACUACAAACAUAUGGAAGAAAAGAUCAAUCUUCUUUGAUCUCCCAUAUUGGAGGAUGCUUGAUGUGAGACAUUGUAUAGAUGUCAUGCAUGUAGAGAAAAAUGUGUGUGAUAGUAUUAUUGGAACACUCCUUAAUAUUCAAGGCAAGACAAAAGAUGGUAUGAAGAGUCGCUUGGACUUGGUUGAAAUGGGAAUAAGAGAACAAUUAGCUCCACAAUCUCAUGGCAAACGAACAUACUUGCCUCCAGCAUGUCACACAUUAUCUAAACAAGAAAAGAGAAGUUUCUGUGAGUUUUUACAUGGUGUGAAAGUUCCGUAUGGUUACUCUUCCAAUGUGAAACGACUUGUAUCUAUGAAGGAUUUAAAAUUACUUGGGUUAAAAUCUCAUGAUUGUCAUGUUUUAAUGCAACAACUCCUACCAGUGGCGAUUCGAGGAAUAUUGCCUAAGAAUAUUAGAUAUGCAUUAACUAGAUUAUGCUUCUUUUUUAAUGCCAUUUGUAGUAAAGUUUUUGAGCCUGCAUGGUUGGACUAUUUGGAGAAUGAGGCUAAAGUUAUAUUAUGUGAGUUGGAAAUGUAUUUCCCUCCAUCAUUUUUUGAUAUCAUGGUUCACUUGAUUGUACAUUUAGUAAGGGAAAUUAGACUUUGUGGACCUGUGUUCUUGCGAUGGAUGUACCCAAUUGAGCGAUACAUGAAGAUAUUGAAAAGGUACGUCAAGAACCAAUAUCGUCCUGAAGCAUCAAUUGUUGAAAGAUAUAUUGCAGAGGAAGCUAUUGAGUUUUGUACAUAA